UUAGUCUGGAAACAGUCUCUACAUGGUUCAGCCUGAAAUAUUCAGCUUACUGAACGCACCUGUUUUCUUCAUUAUUCCUCCUGCAACUCUCUCUUCUUCUCUGAAUGAAAUCUGCUUUGCUUCCCUGUAAUUCAGCAAUGCUGGAUGUGCUGAUUAUCGGGGGAGGUCCUCAUGCUCUGACUCUAGCCACCCUGCUAUCCCACCCUGACGGUCCUUCCACACAACCCAGCACAGACAUCCUGGAUGGGAUCCAGCUUAGCCAGAACAAGUCAAAGUGUGGUCGAUUGAGGAAGAAGAGGACUUCAUCUGCCAGGCAGGAAGCAGAGGAGGAAGCAGCUUCAGAUCUCUCCCUCUGUCCUCCACUGAACUUCAGGGUUGUAGACUCUUACGGGGAGUGGACCGUGCUGUGGGAGAGUCAGUUCAAAGCCCUCAACAUCCCCCAUCUCCGCUCGCACACGCUGGUGCACACAGACCCAUUAAACAAGAAAUCCCUCCAGGACUUUGUGGUGAAGCACGGGCGCACCGCUGAGCUGCACUGCCUCCCCGAGCGCAUCUGCAUCCUGGACGAGAACGCCUACUUCAACGACAACCGCCUGGGCAAGCGGGACAGGCGGCGGCUGAGCACCAGCAGCCGGCUGCAGGCGAGCAUGUACUUCAGCCUGCCCGGCACCCAGCUCAGUGUGGACUUCUUCCAGGAGCAGGUCCACAGAUACGGCCUGGACAAUGUGCUGACGAUGGGCACAGUGGACAGGAUCGUCCCUGUCACGGUGGCCCAUGACAAGAAGAAGGAAGCGCUGUACUUCAGGGUGCUGCUGCAGGGCGGGGAGACCCUCGAAGCCAGGAGGGUUGUCAUGGCAACUGGCCCCACUCGGGCCCAGAUGGCCAACAUCCCCUCCUGGGUGGGGGCCAUCACGGAGAGCUACCCCGAGGAACGGCUGCAGCACACUGUGCGGCUAAUGCAUCAGCAGCCUCUCUCCUCACAACAGGAAGAAGGAACUCUGCAACAGGAAGCCGUUUGCCAUUCAGGAGAGGAGUUAAUGGUGGUUGGAGGAGGCCUGACUAGUGCUCACAUCAUCUCCAUUGCACUACAGCAAGGGGCCAGUCAUGUGACCUGGGUAAUGCGCAAGCAUUUACAGCUGAAGCAGUUUGAUGUGGGCGACGUGGAGAGCUUGGUGGGCCGCUACUCACACGUGGAGCACGGCAUGCAGAUGGACGGGCUGGCCUACCUCCGGCGGUUCUACGGUGAGAGGAGCCUGCCGCGGCGCCUGGCCAUGAUCCGGCAGGCCAGGAAGGGCGGGGCCGUCACGCCGGAAGCCUACGCGCAGCUACUGCCCUUCAUCCACAGCGGCCAGCUGGCGGUGAAAACCUACUGCCAGGUCUCUGAAGCCAAGUGGUGCUACAGGACCCAGGCCUGGAAGGUGUCUCUGAGCUCUGAGGAGAGCUGGACUGGAGACAGAAUCUGGUUGGCCACAGGCUGCAAGCUAGAUGUGAACCAAGACCCCCUGCUUUCUGAUGUCAUCAAAGAGUUCCCAAUUCAGGUGCUGGAUGGCUGGCCAUGUAUAUCAGAGAACCUACAGUGGGCUCCUGGGUGCCCCCUUUACCUGAUGGGACAGUAUGCCGCACUUCAGAUUGGGCCUCAUGCAGUGAACCUUGCUGGGGGCCAGGCAGCAAGCAUGCGCAUCUCCAAGGAAAUCCUGAGUCAGCACAGAAAGGCUGGAGAGGGCCAGGCAGCGGCAGGCAGACAUGGAUCAGAGUGCACACAGACUGAAGAGUACAUACAGCAGAUGCAUGGACUUAUGUGGCUGUGAUCACAUGACAAUAACUCCUGGCAUUGGGGCUGAAGACUGAAACUGGGUGACCUACAGUACUAUAGAUUCCAUGUUUUCCCCUUUUCCCCACAAACUUAAAAUAUUCCUCCUGUAGCUAAAGGACACAGCUAAUUAUUAUACUGUGUUUUUGGUUCUUAGUUUUCUGUCAUUUUUUUACUUUUUAUGCAAUCAUUUUGAUUGUCAUUCAACCAUAUUGUUGCCAGAUGAAAUGGGAGUAGCCCUCAAAUGUCCCUCGUUUGACAUACGUCACCCCAUUUCAAGAGUGGCGUAAGACUGUGAUUAAUUCAAAAAGUAAUUACCUCCUUCAUUUCAAUGAAAAAUAGAAUGUCACAGAAUAGAUCAAAUGUGAGACCAAGGUCCAGUCAUUUUUAAAUAAAAUUUAAAAGUUAGCAAGUUACUGUUUUAUUUACCA